AUGUGUAAGAAAUCGAGACAUCAGAAGAAUCAGGAAAGGUUCAAUCAGGUAAGCAAUUCAAAAUUAUAGGCGUAUUGUGCGGUCAAAAAGUUUCUCUGUCCAAAAUUGAUAUUUUGUCUUUCUGAACUUUUCGAGUAUGUUUUUCGGAAAAAGUUGUGACGUAGAUCGAAGAUCUCUUCGUGGAACUUAAUUAAAUUCUACUCUGGAAAAUAUUUUUUGUUGGAUGAAAAAAUUGAAAAUAGUUUUCUAAUUUCUGAAUUUUUCCCAUGACUCAUGUUAGUUUCGAAGUUCGAGAGAAGUACACGAUUUCUUGAAGAAGAAUCUGUGUUCUUCCUUCGUACGACACUUAUUUUUGAAAUUGUGCUUUUUUAGUGUCAAAAAUCCACGUGUAGUAUUUUUGUGACUCCAAAAAAUAGUUGCAAGAAUAAAAUGAAAUUUUUGAACAUUGCUCAGAUUACUGAAUUGCUCAAAAUUUGUUCUAAACUCCAAAAUCCAUAACUUCAAGAAAAAAAGAAACUUUAAAAGAUUCACAAUUGUGAGAUAAUUUUUUUCUAAAUUUCAUAAUAAUUUUAAUAAAACUUCCAAAAUGGUUUCAUAAUUAAACUGUUCUCAUUUUUCUUCAAUAAUUAGGUUCAAAUUGAGAAUCCGGAAGUGUUUCUCUUCUCCCAAUUUCUUUCUUUUUGUCCAACAAAAUUAAUCAUCCAACAUAUGUGCCCACAAAGUCUUUUUUCCCGACCAAAAAACAAACAUUUGCAGCUUUUGGAUUCGACAACCGAAACAACUAUUUCAAGAGCUGAUUUAUUCACAAAACUUGAUAAUCAAGGAAAUACAUUCAGUGAUGUGGAAAAAUAUGCAUUCAAAAAAUCAAAUGAAGAAUUUAUUGAUUUCACAUGUUUUGAAAGAGUUGUAUGUUUGAAUUACAAAAAGUGAUGGGGGAAAACCUAUAAUUUCAGAUAACUUCAAAAGAUGCACAACCUUCAAAAUUCAAGCGAAUUCUUUAUAGUAUUGCAGAUUUAGUUAUCAGUCGAAAACAGCGAAUUAAAAUUCAUUCAAAAAUAAACGAACAAUUAUGGAAACCUCCCCCUGUUUUUAUGACUCUUCUAACUGCUUUUCAGGUUUUUAUUUUAAUUUUUGAGACUUCAAUAACAAAUUGAUUUUUAGAUUGGGGUAUUUUUCUAUUUCUACGCGACAGUCGAAAAAUCAACACUUUUUAAUUUUUGCGGUGGAUGCGGUGACAAUGAGACCCCAUUUAUUUUUCAACCAAAACAUAAACACCAAUUAUGGCGAUUCUUUACACAUUGUUUUGUCCACGCUGGAAUCGACCAUCUUUCGAAAAACAUGAUUUGUCAAAUAAUAAUCGGAAUUCCUUUAGAAGUUGCGCAUCGAAUUACAAAAAUUGGUCCACUUUUUAUAUUAGGAGUGACUUGUUCAGCGAUAACAAUGUUUGCAAGAAAUCCAAAUGGCCCUUUUUUAGGAGCUUCUGGUGGAGAUUAUGCUCUUUUAUUCGCCCAUGUUUCAAAUUUAAUUUUAGUAAGUGGUUGAAAACUGUUCACAAAACUAUGUUAAAAUUCUCAGAACUGGAAAGAUAUGCCAUAUCGAAGAGUUCAAGCAUUCCUGGUAACAUCCUAUGUUUUAUCAGAUUUUGUUGAAGAUAGCUAUUCAAUUGUUAAAUAUAAGGUUUCGAGAAUUGCUCACGGAGCACAUUUGAAUUCUGCAAUCACUGGUCUUAUUUAUGGGUUUUUCGUGUUGUAUUAUGUUGAGGUAAGUUUUUUGAAAGCGGGAAAGGAAUUAAUUUUGAAAAAAAAACAUUUUAUUUUUCAAAUUUUUCCCAAAGAUUGAUCUUCAAGUUUUUCGGUACAGUAAGAUAUGAAAUAAAUUAUUCUGAGUACAGUAAGAUUGGGUUGACACGUUAGGGCAUAUAACUUAUAGAUCGUCUAGGUUCUAAAUCCCCCAUUUCUAUUGAGGGAUAGUGGUUUCUUUCUUCUAAAAUCCUAAUCCUCAUUUCGAUCUGGUGGUUCCUUUUUAGUUUUUUUGUGGUCCCUCCGAGCCCAAUUUAAAGUACAAUGGUUUCAUUUGAUAAAUUGACGUCCGUUUUGUACAUAAUCCCAUUGGAUUACUCUUACUUUCUCCACUGAAAUACGUGUCUUCCUUCCCGCCUUCAAAAAAUGUGUAUUUUUUGUAUUUCAAUUCCUCAAAAAAAAAAUUUUCCAAUUUCAAUUUCAAUUUUCUGUUUUUUUUCCAGAAAAGUUGGUCAUGGAAACUGGUUCGAUAUACAAUUCUAACCGCCUAUUUAGUUUAUGUAAUUAUUGUUUGUUUUAUUGCAUAUUUCAGAACAUGAUUGCAAUUGACGUGUAUUUAUUUUUUAUAGCUUCUUCUUCUUCUUACUUUUAUUUUUAUUCUCCAUGUUGGUUUUUUGCCGGGUAUUUUCUCAAAUAAACCACACCACACCACAUUUGUUUAUUUUUUCAUUUCUUCGUUUUUUUUGCCUUGAGCUGUAAUGUGUAAGCUCAAAAGUCAUAUAUUUAUUUUUGUUUGAAAAAAAAACACAACACAUUUGAAAUUCAAUCAGAUUCCUUUGGAAAAAGUUAAUCAAAAAAGGAAAAUGAAAACUUCGGGCUGUCAUUUUCAUUAUUUUUCCUUCUUUUGUUUAGUUUUCCUGAUGUUUUUUUUCAAAAUAAAAAGAAAGGAAGAUAUUUAAUCAGAAACGUUAUCUCAACACUUUUUUUCUAGCAGACAUUUUCGAAUCGAAUCGAAUCGAUUGAUUUAUUCAUAUUGAGGAAUAUGUGUAGUCAAACGAGCAAAACUACGAAUCGAGAGAAAUUUGAACAGGUUUGUUUCUAGUUUGGACUUGGGAAAAAUUUGGCGAGAGAAAGAGACUCAGAGAAAACUUCAAGUCUACAGUAGUAUCAAAAAAAAUUAGCACAACAAUCUUUUUUUAUUAAAUUUUUCAAAAACUUUGAAUUUCUAUUAGAAACCCUAAAAAUAACUUUUCUACAGUACUCUUUCUCUAUUUUUUGCACCAAGACCCAAUUUACUAGUUUUCAAAAUUCCUGAAAACAAUCUACAGUACCUCUCCAAACUUUUGCAGCUUCUUCAAAACCAAGAUGAAACAACAAUUCCAUUAUCUCAAAUUCCAAAAAGAAUCGAAGAUCGUGGCAAUUUUCUGACCGAAAAACAGAAAACAGCAUUGAAAAGUGCAAAAUAUGAACAUGUGGAUUUCGUGUGCUUCGAAACUAUUGUUGGUUUAUUUUUUAGUUUUGAAAGCCUGAAAAUCAAGAAUAUUUUCAGAUAACUUCAAAAAAAGCGCAAUCUUCAAGGUUCAAAAGAAUUCUGUAUAAUAUUGCAGAUUUAGUGAUAAGUCGGAAUGAAAGAUCGAAAAUACAUUCAGAAAUUGAUAAUAAUUUAUGGAGAUUUCCACCGAUUUUUAUGUUAUUGAUAACUGUUAUUCAGGUUGGUUUGGGAGACUUUUUUUUUCAUUGACAAGAUAAUUGUUCGCUUUAAAAAAUUGUAGAACUCCCAUGACGUGGCAAAAGUCUAGAAUUUUCAAAUUAUCGUGACUUUACAACAAUUGAUUUCAAAAGUAAUUUUCUGAAAAAUCCUGUGCUAUCCGAUUUUCAUUGAAAUCAUUUUUGAUUGUUUUUUCGAAAUGUUCGAUUUUGCCACAUCAUAACUCAUAUGAGUAGUUUUUGACAGCGGCUUGAGAAUUCCCAUAAAAUUUCUAUUUUAUCAAAAAUCUGUUCGUUUUCAGAUAGUGAUACAUUUUUAUUAUCAAUUCAACAAUGACAAUUCAACAAUUCUUGAUCAAUGCGCAUUCGAUCCAGAAAAACGAAAAGAAAUCUGGCGAUUUUUGACGCAUAGUUUAUUGCAUCAUGGAAUUGAUCAUCUCGCAAAAAAUAUGGUAGCUCAAAUAUUCAUCGGAAUUCCCUUGGAAAUCGCGCAUCGAAUAACAAAAAUUGGGCCUAUUUAUGUAUUGGGCAUUAUUUGUACGGCAAUUAUGAAUCAUGCAAUUUAUCCCGAAGUUCAUUCAGUUGGCGCAAGUUGUGGAGAUUAUGCUUUGGUAUUUGUUCAUGUUUCGAAUUUGAUUCUGGUGAGUUUGCUCUGAGAGAACCUUCGAAAAAACUGGAUUUUUCUAGCAUUGGUCCCAAAUUCCCUAUCAUAAAACACAAGCUUUGAUACUUUUCAUUUAUGUUGGCUCUGAUUUCACUGAUUUAUUUUAUCGAUUUGCAUCAACUGAAGAAGUUGAAAUCGCUCACUUUGCGCAUUUUGCAGCUGCCAUUAUUGGACUUUUGUAUGGUUUCUUCAUUUUGUAUUAUGUUAAGGUAGCAAAAACAUUUUUCUCUUUGAAAAUUGAAAAUUUCUAUUUUUGCAGAAAGGAAUUCUAUGGAGUAUACUUCGUGUUGUUUCACUGCUUUCGUAUAUUCUGGCUGUUUUAUAUGCUUGUGUUUAUGCGUAUAAUACGAAUAUUGAAGAGAUAUUUGCGAAAGAGCACAGAGAUCAACUUUAA